AUGUCAGUUAUUAUAUCAAAUCGUCCUAAAUCACGAAUUAAUAUUUUGGAUAAACGUAUACCACGAAAUCCAAAAUAUGAAAAUAUUCAACCAACAAUUGAUUCAGGAAAUAGUAUUACAAAAUUUCUUAAACGAAAUGAACAAUUACGUGCAUCAAAGAAACAACAAUCAGAAGAAAUAUUUAAACGAAUGAAAGUAUCAACACUUAUACAAUUGAUAAUUCAAGUAGCAGAAAUAAAUUCAUUAGAAAAUCCUAAAAAUGAUGAAUAUGAUUCAAGUGCGUCACAACGAACACUAACUGAUAUAAAUCGACCACAAACACAAGAUAGUCAAAGAAGUAUUGCUACAUCACGAUCAACUUUACAAGGUGUUAUUCGUGGUGUUGGUGAAAUGGAUUUAUAUAAUAAAUAUACAAAUCGUUCUUCAACUAUACCAUCAGCACGAAACAUUGCAAAUAAUGAACAAAUUGAUUUAGCCUAUGAAGAAUGCCCUUAUUUAAUUGUUGAUCUUCGUGAUAAAGAUGAAUUUAAUACUAAUCAUAUUGUUUCAGCUCAUCAUUAUCCAGUUGCUAUGCUUUCACGUUGUACCAAUAAUGAAUCGAGAGAAUUACUUAUCUAUAAAAAUCAAAAAGGCAAAAUUAUUAUUGUAUAUGAUGAAGAUGAACGUAUUGCGCCGCAUGCAGCAACAAUUAUGGUAGAACGAGGUUAUAACAAUAUAUUCUUACUUUCUGGAGGUUUAAAAUAUGCUGUGAAAAAAUUUCCACAUGGUCUCAUAACUGGUACAUGUCCAUUAUCAUGGACAUUAUCAAGUGUACCAUCAACACCAAUAAGAAAACUUACACGUACACAAUCAAUGAAUAUACUUCAUAGUGAAGCACCAAUAGGUCAAUCAAUUGCUACUGUAACACGACCAUUACCAAGUCCAAUGAUUAAAUUUAAUAUUCGUGAACAAUUUACAAAUUAUGAUAUUGAAGAAUUAAAUGCACGACUUGAAGAAAAUUUAUUACCAAAAGAUACUGCUUCACGAUUAUCACGUGCACGUGCUCAAUCAUCAAAACAAUGUUCACGUAUGUCGCAUGUUUCUGAGCGAUCAAAUUUAACUCAUGUUUCAGAUAAACGAUGGAAACCAUGA